AUGGCCACAUUGAACCAGAUGCACCGGGCAGGCCGACCCAAGAAACCUCCACCCAGACUGGGACCUUUGGGUGGCAACCCUCAGCUAAAAGGUGUCGUUUUGAAAACCAUGAUCCGGAAGCCUAAAAAACCCAACUCUGCCAACCGCAAGUGUGCCCGUGUGCGGCUCAGCAACGGCAAAGAGGUGUGCUUUAUACCAGGAGAGGGACACAACCUGCAGGAACACAACAUUGUCCUGGUGGAGGGUAGACGCACACAGGAUCUGCCUGGGGUCAAGCUAAAAAUUGUCAGUGAAAAAUAUGACUGUGCCCAUGUGAAGAAGUAG